AUGACCGCCAUAGUGCGCCUGGGGGACAUCCUUCACGCGGCUAUUUCCCGGGGCGACGCCGCGAAGGCGAUCGAGCUGCUGGAGCACGGCGCGCCCGUGAACGAGCGACGCGAUCACGGCACCACGCCCCUCCACUGGGCAUCCUCGGAGGACUACGUGGACAUCGUUGAGGCCCUGCUCGCACACGGCGCGGACCCUAACGCGGCGGCAUCCGACGGGUGCACGCCGCUGCACUACGCCGCCAGG